AUGCGGGGCUCAAGCCGGGCCUCCGCCGCCCGCUAUAAGGGCAUUACUCUGCAGUGGCUGUCUCCAUCUGUCUCCUCUGUCUCUAAGACUUAUCCUCUUCAUCUAAUAAACUCUCAGGCUCUUGCUGCUACCCGUACGUUUUCUACUUUGUAUGCUCCUUCUUCAGGGGGCCCCCUGACUUACCAGGGGGCCCCCAACAAACGCAGCGCAGACAAAGGGGGCCCCCUUAAUCUCAAUGAGGCCCUCACAUGCGGAGGCCCGGCUGAUGCCGUUAACCCCCAAGACACGCCAAUCAACUUUCAGGUCUCGCAGAUUCUGGCGGAGAUGACACGGGCCCCCCUUCUUCAGGAUAGCAGCAGCAGCAGCAGCAGCAGCAACAGCAGCAGCAGCACCGCCACCACCACCGAUAACAGCGCCAGCGAUAGCAGCAGCAGCAGCAGCAGGGGCGGCAUAAGGGGGACAAGGCGCAGCACCAGGGGCCCGAAAGGAAGGCUACCUCCCUCCUCCGCAGCAGCCACUGCAGCAGCAGCAGCAGCAACAGCAGCAGCAGCUCCGCCUAUCUCCAGCUCAGGGGGCCCCCGAGGCCACCGGCGAUGCUGCAGGGCUUCGGCAGCAGGGGCCCCCGAGGGGGCCCCUGGGGCCCCUGUGGAGACCAGUGAAGAGGCGGUUGGUGGGGGUAGCAUGGGGCGUUCGUCUGCUGCUGCUGCUGCUGCUGCUUGCUGCGGGGGUGCUCAGAGGCCGCUGAAGAGGGUUAAGAGAGAGCCUAGACACCGGGUGCUUAACCCUGCUGCCUUUAUAAAACAAAUGCGUCUUAUUAACUCCGAAUUUCAAGAAGGCAGGGAGCUGGACGUGGAGGAGAUAUGGCGGUUUCUGAUCGAGCAGAUUUUUGCGGAGCUUCAGCCCCUGCAAAGCCCAGCAUAUAGCAGCAGCAGCAGCAGCAGCGGCACAGCAGCAGCAGCAACUGCAGCAGCAGCAGCAGCGACGGGUGUCGGCAGCAAUUUGCUGCCUUGCCUUGCAAUCUCAUCAGGUGCUGCUCCAGUUAAAGGCGGAGAAAGAAGGUCUCCUUUAAGUGUAAGAAUAAAGGAGGAGGGGCCCCCCUAUAGAGAUGGGGGCCCCUCGGCCUGCGGCCGCAACGGGAGACUGCUCGAAGCAGCAGCAGCAGCAGCAGCAGCAGCAGCAGCAGCAGCAACGCGCCGGCGUGUCUCCAAGCGCUGCAGGAGAGGCAGCAGCAGCAGCAGCAGCAGCAACAGCAACAGCGGGAGGGACAGCACCGCAUGGAGGGGUCCUGAGGGCGAGGGUGUAUCUAAGCAGUGUGCUAUAUCUUCGCCAGCAGCAGCAGGAGAAGCAGCAGAAGCAGCAGCAGCAGCAGCAGCAGCAGCAGGUGGUAGUGGUAGUGGUUAUUCCUCUCCGCUUUUGCUGUACAAGAGCGAGGAGGGCCCAGGAGACUGUCUCCUUGAAGAGCAGAGAAGGGUAGGGGGCCCCCACGAUGAAUGUAAGCUGCUGCUGACGGCGCUGUCUCCAAGCCCCUCUUCACUACGUGUUAGCAGCGCCGGCAGCAGCUGCAGCAGCAGCAGACGCUGCAGCAGGUCGGCGUCCCUCAAUGCUGCUGCAGAAGCACCAGAAACAGCAGCAGCAGCAGCAACAGCACCGGCUGCUGCUGCUGCUGCGGCUGCUACUGAGCGCCAGCAAGCAGCAAACCUCCUUGCAAGGCGGUUGCAUGAUGCGCUGUCAGGAGAGCUGCUGCAUGUGGCUGUCCCUUGCUGCUGCUGCCCACAGCAGCAGCAGCAGCAACAACAGCAACAGCAGCAGCAGCAGGUAGAGCCCUUCUGCGGGGUGCUGCCUCUGAGGAUGCCCGAGAGGAGUCGCUUCAUGGGCAGCAGAAGCAGCAGCAGCAGCAGCAGCAGCAGCGGCAGCAGCAGCAAACUGGAGCCCGUUACCCUCUCCGAGUGUUUGCGCUUAACGCUAACUCAUGGCUGCGGCCUAUCUCCUCCUCAGGAGACCCUAAACAAGCAAUCUGCUGCAAGCGAAAGGAGACAGUCGCCGCAGAAGGGCCCCCCGGGGGGCCCCCUACCUGCCCCUGAGGGCCCCCCGACGUCUCGAGUCUCAGGCGCGCGAACAAGGGCAGCAACUGCAGCAGCAGCGGCAGCUGCUGCUGCUGCUGCUGCUUCUACUGCAGCACCCGAUAGUGCAGCAGCAACAGCAGCAGCAGAAGCUACAGCUGCUGCUGUUGAACAGGAGCCGUUUUGUCAGCGCUGCAAUGCACCCCACCGCAAGACCCUCCUGCAGCGGCUGCCUCCGCUUGUGCUGCUGCAGUUGCCGCGAAGCACUCAUUCUCUGCGGAGCAGCAGCAGCAGCAGUAGCAGGCCCUCGCGAGCAGGCAGCGUGAAGAUAAAGGCCCAUGUUGACUUCCCUCUGGAGCUGCAGAGUCUCCUUGUCCCUUAUCUCGCAGAAUCUGCAUGCAGCAGCAACAGCAGCAGCAGCAGCAACAGCAGCAGCAGCAGCAGUGGGGUUGCAGAGAACGUAGUUCCUAGGCGUCGUGUGGGCUGUCGCUCUUCGACUGCCUCAGGUAGCAGCACUGUGAAGAGUGCAGAUGGAGGCCCCAAGGAGGGGGGCCCCCCUAUUGCACCCUUAGACCCUUCUGAACCCUAUAAAGGGGGGCCCCCCCCUUCAGUAGGGAGCUAUGGGCUAAGAGCAGUGAUAGAGCAUCAAGGUCGCUGCGGAGAUGGAGGGCAUUACGUGUGCUAUAGAAGAGGGUGGUAUGGGGGGCCCCCUGGGGGCCCCCCUACGACUUCAGGGGGCCCCCCUACUACUUCAGGGGGCCCCUCUGAAAGCGAAGAUGAUGUCUGGUGGGUUGUUAACGAUGUCUACGUAUCAAGGAGCUCCUGGGAAGAGGUAAGAAGAACUCAAGCUUAUCUUCUUCUUUAUGAACGUUCCAUAGAUCAACAGCAACUGCAGCAGCAGCAGCAGCAGCAGCAGCAGCAACUGCAGCAGCAGCAGCAGCAGGUGGUGCUGCUGCAGCAGCAGCAGCAGGCGCAGCGGGUUGAGGGGCCCAAGAGUAAAAGACCUAGGGCAAGCAAGGCUGUAAUUCGUAUACCCCGCAGGAGGCUUGGGGCCCCUCCCUGA